ACACCAAAAACCAAAAUGAAUAGCUACAUUGCAAUUGUCUGGCUCGUUGCCUUAGUCGGGGUGGGCGUGCAGGCGGCAUCUGUGGCCACGCCCAGCUGCGGUGCUAGCACCUCCUCGAAGGACAUCAAGCUGGUGAAUCCCACGAAUCCGCCACGCGAAUGCGAAUACCAUAUCAAUGCGUACAGCAAAUAUGUCUGUCAGCUGCGCAUCGACUUUAUCCUGACCCUGGCCCAGCCGGAGCUGCUGGAGUCGCCGCUAACGGGCCUGAAGACGGCGGAAUGCAGCGUCGAUUACUUUGAGGUGAACGGCCUGCGGCUGUGCGGCGAGGAGGUCUGGCAGCACAUCUAUGUGCCCUUCAAUGCCAGCGCCGGUGUCUCGCGCAUCGAUCUGCUCAUUUCGCUGGCGAAUCGUGCCGGCGGCUCGUCCCUGCCGACGCCCAACUGGGACAUGGUUGUCACCCAGCUGGAGUGCCCGGCCGGCGCCUCAGUGCGCGAUCUAUUCUCCUCAAGUGAUGAGCGGCAGGCGCGCGCCACUUCGUUCGACGAUGGCUUUCUGGUCGCACCACCCGGCUGCCUGCAGUACUUCCCGCAAACCAAGGGCGUCGUCAAGUCCUUCAACUAUAACGAUGGCCAUGGCGUCUAUCCAUCGCACCUGAACUAUGCCAUCUGCUUCCGACGCACCACCCAAACCUCGGCACUCACCAUUCGCUCGUAUUUCUUCCAUGUGGGCGCCGAGAGCUCGGCCAGCACUUUGUUAACGGACAACUCCUGUUAUCGCAGCGGCAGCUCCAGUGUUACCAACGCCGAUUUCCUUAUGGUGCCACAGGCCAAGCUCGUGGAUAACAACGAACGCGCCACCUACUUCUGUGGCGCCACGCAGAACGAUGUGGUCAUCAGCAGCAACAACCCUGGUCCUUUGCUGGUGCUUUUCAACAGCGAUGAAAUCUACGACUCCAACGAUGCGGGCUUUGCCUUCACCUACACGGUCGAAUAGAGAGAGCUUUUUCUGAUUCGAAAAUCUGCUUAAUAAAGUUGUAAACCCUUUAAAUGC